AUUCAUAUACUCCUCCCAAUAUAGUCAAGUGGGUAAUGAAGGUCUCAAAAGCGCAGUUAUAGGAAAAACAAGUACACCAUUUAUAGACGACAUUAUCUACAAUAACGCUCCUGUGUAGUGAGUUCCAGAUGACCUUGCCUCAUAGAACACACAUGCUACCCCCUAUAAUCAAGACGAACUAUCCGUUUGAGGAGUAGAAUAUGCUUAGUACAAUACAUCAUCAUUGUGUUAAUAACUGAGAGGCGUACGCCGCAUGUACGCAGCACCUCGGGCCCAGCUGUCUCUAAUCCUCUACCGUCCAUGGAAGCUGGGGGGUUCGUGUGUGCAAUCGGUGAUUAUAUAGAGUAAUAACCGGCACGUAGCUCGUAGCUAAACGAUAACAUAAAGGGGCAAGGGACUGUAUCAACGCCCAUGUAUCUCAACUCGAUAAUUUUCGAUCCGUUCCCAGAUUUGAUCGACUUUCCUCCGAUAAAUCAUCCUCAGCUUAAAACUCUCCCAGAGUUCCAUAACCUGGAGGAACUGUCAAUUGACUGUCACUUUAUAUAUCCAGAGCGUGAUCAUGAUGAGGCGGAUCGACUUAUCACCCUGCUUCCACCAUCAACUCGGAAGUUUCGAAUCUCAUAUGUAUAUGAGGGCAUAUACAAGUCUUUGUAUCAGCUUGCCGGAAAGUUGCCGAAGGUCUUUCCACUCCUCGAAGAUGCCAUAGUCGGCAUUGGAGAGAAGACAUAUCCAAGAUACGACUAUGGUAUCGAGAAACAAUAGGCCUUCGUGGUUCUUUUGAGUAAUCUGAUGUCUGAUUCUCGACGAAAAUAGACUUAUUAGGGCCGGACACUAGAACUAUCAUUCCAGGGGCGAUUCCAGGGUAGAAGUUGGUCUCUAUACUUGGAGUAAUGGAUGUAAUCGAAACGAAGAGAUGGAAAAGAUAAUCCUAAUUAUAUUAACUAGACGAAAACAUAUAUUAUUACGUAAGCAAGCCCACUAGAAUUGUCGUUUGGUCGUUCAACAAAGACUUACAUUA